CUUUCUGCGUAACUUGACAGCGGAGGCUAAAAAAGUGACGUUGCAGGAUAAACAAACGGAUGAGGAGAGGGGGGCUGGUGUGUCGUGACAUUUUUGCAAAAUAUUAGGAAUAUAAUGCAGUCUUCCAAGAGGAGUGAGAGUGACUGGCAGGGGCUAGUCAGUGAGUUCUUGGUGUGUAAACGGAAGUUGGAGAGUAAGAAGGAAGCCCUCCUCAUCCUGUCCAAGGAGCUGGACACCUGUCAGCAGGAAAGAGACCAGUACAAGCUGAUGGCCAACCAGCUGAGAGAACGCCACCAGGGACUCAAGAAGAAGUACAGGGAACUCAUUGAUGGUGACCCCUCUUUGCCACCUGAAAAACGCAAUCAAGUGAACCUGGCUCAGCUGCUGAGGGACUCAAGGGAACGAGCAAAACAGCUUGCUGAGGAGGUGAAGGAGCUCACUCAGAGGCUUGCAGAGGCCCAGGGGGAUAACAAGCUCCUGAGGAUGACCAUUACUCGACAGAGGCUGGGGGAUGAAGAGGUCGGGGUGCGUCACUUCCCCGCCCAUGAACGUGAGGAUCUGGUUUGCAAGCUUGAGAGAGCAGGGCUACAGAUGGAGGAGAUGGAGAACAACAUGAAAGCACUGACAGACGAGCUCCAGGACGUGAAGGCAGAACGCACUGUGUUCAGAGAGAAGGCGGAGCGACUAAAUGUGGAGCUGAAUCAUAUUUUGGGGAACCAUGAGGCUCGCAUCAUUGAUGUGGACGCCCUGUGCAUGGAAAACAAGUAUUUACAUGACCGUUUAAAUCAACUGCAAGAGGAGGUGAACCUGCUGAAGUCAAACAUCAUGAAGUACAAGACAGCCCUGGAGAGGAGGAAAAACUCCAGCACAUAUGGGAAAUCAAAUAACAGUCCUCUUACUGGAGUCCUCUCAGCCAAACAAGUUCAAGAGAUGCUUCUGGAAGAGCAGGGCUGCAGUCUACCAGCCACGCCUCAGUCCAUCGCCGACCUCAAGUCUCUCGCCACUGCUCUGCUGGAGACGAUCCAUGAGAAGAAUUUGGUCAUCCAGCACCAGAGACACAGCAACAGGAUCUUGGGAAAUAGAGUUGCAGAUUUGGAAAGGAAGCUGAAGACCUUGGAGGUUUCAGGAUUAUGGAGUCUUCCAGGCUUGACCUACCACGUAUCUGUGGGAAUUGGGAAUAGUAACUGGGAGCGUUUUCUCCUUGGCGCUGAUGUUACAGGGACAAGAGACAGUAUCACACUAAAUGAGAACCUUCAGCCAGAGCUCCGUCCUACACGUGUCACGUCUCAGCCAAACAUGCAGCCCAGAGUGCAUCCACCCAAAGUUCUUUUAGACGACAGAAGUUCACAUGAAUCAUCUUGGGAGUGCCACACCGCUGGCGCUGACCUUGGCACAGAUGGUGUCAGCAGGGAAGACGCACCUGCACUGCUCAGCAGCCUGGAGACUCUUGACAGGGUGGAGACGAAUGGGAUUGACAGAAGGGGGGGGGAGCUGGUGACCCUUACAGAAGAUGCAGGCGUAGAGCUGGAGGAGGGGCGGAGCCCUGUGGAAGAGGCAGGGCAUGAGAUAGAAGGAGUUGAUGAUGAUGAAGAGCUGAGUUCCACGGUGGAGGAAGGAGAGGAAGCAGCUCUGGCGCUGGAUGUCCCACCCACUGAAUCAGACCUUCAGUGGCUUUCGAUUAAACAAGCUUCUGUCAGUCAUUCGGAGGUGGGUCAGCAGCCCUGUGAAUCCCAGAACAGUGAGUCCGAUAAUGUACCUGAACACGAAGAAGCCUCUGUAUCAGUUCCAGAGAGCCAGGCUGCAGAGGUGUCGAGUACAGGAGAGUGGGACGUUCAGUGUCCCUCUGCACAGAGUGACUCCUGUCAUAGUGACAACUUGGCAUGAUCCAACUGAGAAGCUUAUUUAAAUCCUCGUCCUUGUCGUCGUUAUUGAUGAUUGCAUUAAUCAUCCACUGUUGCAUUCCCACAACACAGCCAGUGCUCACGAGCUGUCUUCUCCACCGCUUUAGUCAAUAAAAGAGAGAGAAAGCACUUUUUCAGCCACCACUGACAAAGCUCGAAGUGCACUUUGUAUCCAGACAAGCUUGUUGCUGCACAGGAACAGAAAAUCUUGAAAUCGAUGGAGUUGCAAACUUCAUGCCCCGCAGGAAGAAUUUAGCUAGGAAAAUAACAAAUAUGGCAACAUGCGUUCCUAUGCCCCAUAUUUCCUGCUUCCUUUCCCCUGCGAUAAGAUAAUCCCACUUGUUUGCUUACUCCUUCCUAAGGGAUGUUAAUAAACUGAAUGCUGCAUUUUUGUCACUCUUAGAUGGAGUUCAAAUUGGCAUACCAAAACUUGUAAAGAAUGCGUACAUAAUUGUGAAUUAUUAAUCUUAAUACUGGAGAAUCUAUUGAUGUCUGUUCAGCAUUAUGGGUGAAUCUUAUUAAUGAGUCCAUUUUUAUUUUUCCAUAUUUAACAGUUGAUUUUUGAACUACACUACAUGUGCCUUAUAUGUGAAACUCACUGAUAUUUAUAAUUAUAAAUGUAUAAACCUGCA